AUGUUCCAGGAUUUCUCUGACCAGAGAGACAUGGCCAAACAACCGGCCAGCGCUCCUACCGGCUACAUCCCGACUGAGCAGCCCGACGGAGCUGCGGGACUUACAGCAAGCAAACCGGACAACACAGCUUCCCCUCACCAUCACCCGGCGCCUCAGCCACCGGCUCCGUGCAAUGAGAGCAAAACUUUUUGUCCCACGGAAAAUAAACCGGGAGAAUCUGACAGCAGUAAAGCAUAUGGGACGUUUAAAAACACCGCGCCAGCUGUGCCUGGAUCUGUGGCUGCCAACACGGCCUUCAGGAAGGAUUCCGUCGGUUCUGCCCGAGCGGGUUCCGCCCAAUACGGCGACCCACUCCGGGCCACCACAGAGCAGAACAACACUGCAGGCAACUGGACGGCCAUGAGCCAGACCACCAUCAUACUGGGAACAGAUGGGAACACGUCUGUUCAGCCCGGCACCUUGACGGGGGUAAUAGAUGAUGAUGACGAUGAUGACGAGGGAGGAGAUGAGAAUAAGGCCAGAGGAAACUGGUCCAAUAAACUGGACUUUAUUCUGUCCAUGGUUGGCUAUGCUGUGGGACUGGGGAACGUGUGGAGGUUCCCUUAUCUUGCCUUCCAAAAUGGUGGAGGAGCUUUUUUGAUCCCCUACCUGACAAUGUUGGGCAUUGCCGGGAUCCCAAUCUUUUUACUGGAGGUGUCCCUGGGCCAGUUUGCCAGCCAGGGGCCCGUGUCAGUGUGGAAAUGCAUCCCAGCUCUGCAAGGUUGCGGGAUUGCCAUGUUGAUAAUAUCUGUCUUGAUAGCCAUAUACUAUAAUAUUAUAAUGUGCUGGACACUGUACUACCUGUUCGCUUCGUUGAAGGGCUCACUGCCAUGGGCUAACUGUAGGAAUGAGUGGAACACGGUGGAAUGUAAGGACAAAGACAUGCUGCUGCUAGACACGUGCAUCCUGCGGGACAGAAACAUCACCUCCAUCAAGAACUCCACGUUCUGUUUGUCUGCUAACACUGUGGGAAACCUGACGAAACUGUUGAACAUGACUGUGGAUAGUAACAAGACCUACGUCAGCCCCAGUGAGGAGUACUUCAAGUAUAAUGUGUUGCACAUCUCCAAAGGGAUUGAAUAUCCUGGAGACAUUCGCUGGCCUCUGGCAGGUUGCCUGUGCCUGGCCUGGAUCAUCGUGUACUGCUCUUUAGCCAAAGGAAUCAAGUCAUCAGGAAAGGUGGUUUAUUUCACAGCCACAUUUCCCUACGUGGUGCUGGUGAUCCUGCUGAUCAGAGGAGUUACCCUUCCUGGGGCUUUUGACGGCAUCCUUUACUUCAUCACACCAAAGUGGGAAAAACUCAAUGAUGCAAAGGUGUGGAAAGACGCAGCCACUCAGAUCUUCUUCUCUCUGUCGGCUGCUUGGGGAGGCCUCAUCACUCUCUCCUCCUACAAUAAGUUCCACAAUAAUUGCUACAGGGACACUAUUAUAGUGACAUGUACAAACAGUGCCACCAGUGUAUUUGCGGGGUUUGUCAUCUUCUCGGUCAUUGGUUUCAUGGCACAUGAGUUGAAGGUGCCGAUUGAGAAGGUGGCAGAUGAAGGUCCAGGAAUAGCAUUCGUGGUGUAUCCAGAGGCACUGACCAGACUUCCCCUGUCUCCUUUCUGGGCGAUCAUCUUCUUCCUCAUGCUCCUGACUCUUGGCCUGGAUACCAUGUUUGCCACCAUUGAGACCAUUGUGACCUCCGUGUCAGACGAGUUCCCCAAGUACUUGAGGAAACACAAACCGCUCUUCACCUUGGUGUGCUGCUCCUGUUUCUUCUUCCUGGGAUUUCCCAUGAUCACAGAGAGUGGGAUGUACAUGCUGCAGCUGGUGGACACAUUCGCAGCCUCCUACUCUUUGGUCAUCAUCGCCAUCUUCGAGCUGGUGGGGAUUUCUUACCUGUAUGGUCUGCAGAGGUUUUGCGAGGACAUUGAAAUGAUGAUUGGUUUCCAGCCAAACCGAUUCUGGAGAAUCUGCUGGGCCUUUGUAACUCCGACCAUCCUGACGGGCAUCCUGGGACUGAGUCUGUACCAGUGGAAGGGGAUGACGUACGAGGACUACACCUACCCCACAUGGUCUAUGGUAAUGGGAUGGCUCAUGGUAACCUGCUCUGUCAUCUGGAUCCCUAUCAUGUUCCUCAUUAAGAUGUACCUCGCCCCCGGCUCCCUAACUGAGCGUCUGAAGCUGGUCUGCUCCCCUCAGCCCGACUGGGGUCCCUUCCUGAUGAAGCACCGUGGAGAACGCUACAAGAACAUGAUCGACCCUCUGGGAACCAACUCCCUGGGCCUCAAACUGCCACCCAAGGACUUCCAGCUGGGCACCUACCAGUAA